AUGGAUGAGCAAGUCAUCAAAAGUAAUCCUAUCUUAAAAGUCGACAAUAUCGUCAAGGGCAACCGUCCUCGAGGUCUGAAGGCACGCAAGAAGAGGACCACCCAGAAGAUACCGAAUCCGGUGGUAAACACUCCAGGAUGCGGAGUUGGCCAUCACCCACCGCUGCUCCCCAGCUACAAUGAGCGCUGUGGAUUGGAAGCCAACAAUGAGAAUAACAACGAUCACCUCACACCAAGUCGCAUUUUCAGCCCAGCUCUCUACCCAAACUACUUCAAGCCAGAAGACAUCACGGUAGAAUGGGGUUACUGGCGCUUCCUCGCCUGCUCAACAGCAACCAUCAAAUGCUCUGACUGUGGAAACUUCCCCUUCCACCUGGGCUGCCUAGUUGUCUCAAUCGAUGGUGAAUGUCUCACCAAAUUGCCCAACGAACUUCAACCCCGGUGUGCGAUGGGAGUGUUCUUCGGACACGGCAGUGGACACAACCGUGUUACUAAGAUCAAGGAAACCCCGAAUACAGCGCAGGUCGCUUUGCUUAAGGCGUGCAUCUCUGCUCUGAUUGAAGUCAUCAAUGUCUGUGAUGUCGAUAAACCGAAGCAUGGCGAUGAAUUUACCCAUCCGCUGCAUACGCUUGUUAUUCAAACCGAUUCAUCAUACAUCUAUCAAGGUGUGACUGAGUGGAUGCCUAAGUGGAAGGCUAAUGGAUGGAAGAACUCGAGAGGUCGACCUAUUGCAAAUGAAAGUCUGUGGCGCCUUGUUGACUUGUGGAUUCGUCAUCUAGAGCCUACUGUUGCGGUGCAAUUCUGGCUUGUGCCACGUGAGCUCAAUUCCGUUACGCAUGAGAUGACAAAGUGGGCUUUGGAGAAUUGA